CUGCCUCCUAAAGGUCACAUUGAGGGACCAGACGGACCACGCAUCUCCCUCCCCCUCCUCUACUCUGUAAUGGAGCCUGUUCCCGAGGUGCCGGUCCCCGUGGCAAACUACAAUGUCGACCAACGUCAGGACCGUCCACCAAAGUUCCCACCGAAACCAAAGGUCUGGGAACCCAGCGAUGGCAAAGGUCUGUUUGUAAAGAAUCAAGAAAAAGCGGCGCCUUGUCCUACCGGCGAUGAAAUCAAGGCGAAACUAUAA